AUGAUUACCAGGUUACGCAAAGCCGCUAUCCUCCGCUUUCUGGUUCUUGAGGUGCUACUGAUGUCACCAAGUGCACGGGCUCAGAUUGUGGUCUUGCCGAACUGCAACCUCCAGGAGGUGAACCUGGCCCCUUGCAUGGCGAGCGGCGCCGCUACUUCUGGGGCGGGAGGGAACAUCAGCAACGCCUGCUGCACGUUGCUGAACCGCGCCAUCGACGCCGGCCACCGCUGCGUGUGCUCGCUGCUGCUGUCCAAUGGUGUGUUCGCCUCCCUCGUGACCAACCUCCUCACGCUCCCGCUCAUGCUGACGCUGCCCGGGUGCUUCCUCUACGCUCCUUCUCUUGCAGCUUGCCAAGCGACACUGCAGCAGCAGACUAAUGCACCACCUGCGGCUGCAUCUGCAGUUUCGAGCGCGGAGGGUGCUGCUGCUGGUGCAGUGCUUCCAUCGCCUCCUCAGGCCAACGCCACGCCGCCGGGGAAGAAGAGUACAGAUCAGGAAAAGGCUGACGACUGGAGGAUGGAUGCGAGCAUUGGCAACGGCACCAGCGAGGCUCCUAGUGCGGUGGAGAGCGAACAUCAGAAUUCAGAAUCGAAAGAUUGA